UUCCUCGUCCUUACGAUAACAGAUCGUAAAUUAUUAAUUUAUCUUAAUUUCUUAAUCUAAUUAGUUAAUCUAACGAAUAAAAACGCGGUCAUUUAAUAUAUCGAUUAGGGAAGUCGCGUGUGAAUAAGGACAUGCCAAGUUUGUUCUAUUGAUUAUUGCAAGCUUGACCAGUCCAGUCAGUGAUAACAACGAACAGACAAAUGAAUAGCAAAACAGUUGUCUACGAGCUUGUCAUCGCGUUGAAGGGAUUCAACGUUGUUUCGUUUAUACGGAACGGAACGAAAAGUAACAAGUGAAACGUAAGGAAAUCGUACAUCGCGUAUCAAAAGCCGGAUCGUUCGUGACUCGAUGUAGUUUCAUCGAUCCAUGGAACGCAUCCUUGCUAGUCUCGUUGCCCCUUAAUGAAGUCGAAUCAUUUUUAAUCAAUCAGAGACACGAUUUGAAAUGGUUACUCGUCCAUCCAAUAUUCUAUCCAAAGGAGAGAAUCAUGUUUAACUUGUGACAUGGCUCGCUUCUACUACGAAUGUAACACAGAUUUAAAAAAUUAUACGGAGGACAGUGAAACUAUCAAGCCCUACGCUUGUACAUCCGACAAAUAUUGCUUGUAUUGUUGUUGUAAUUCGCAGUGUUGUUUAUUGGUACAAAGACGGCCUCCACGACACUUUUGGGAAGCCUGGUACUUUUGGCUAGGCAUUGCUUUACUCGCUGUUUUUAUCGUAUCUUCGGUGAGCAGUUACAUAGUGAGUAAUUGCAGACAUAAUAUUCAAGGUGUACCACUAAGACAUAGCGCACAUGGGAAUCGACGAAACGAUCGUGGCGGUCAUUCGACAAACAACCAAAAUGAAAUAUCGAUAAGCAUAAUCCCAACCUCGGAAUUUUUCCCGUCGCACAGAAAAAUGUUCGUGAUUACCUCUCAACCAGCCGUGAAUCAUCUGACCCCUGUCGUUGCGUGAAGUCGUUUCAUUUUAACGGAGCGAUUAUGUCGGCGAGAAGGAUCCAGCGCAAAGAGCUGGUACAUCAUCCUGUGGCGCUUUACGCGGUAAUACUUCUUGAAAGACACCGCGCGUUUCAUCGGCGGGUGGUUUGAUCGGCUAGAACAUCAUCAUGGCCAUCCUGGUCGUUACAUCGGGGGAAAUAUUUACGAUAAAUGCAUCUUUUUUACUUAGCCCCAGGAUAUAAUAACUGGUAGCGCGAUUUAAACAGCCCGAUCACGACAGCAACAUUCUUGUCAAAUGAGAAACGAUUAUUUUACCUACGAGAAUAUUACGUGCUUCGUAAUGAUCAAUUUGACAGCGAAGCUAGUUAGAUCGCGAUCCUAUCCCUACUUUCGUUCUUAACUCGCCACACGCGAUGCGAUCCUAUUAUAUCAUGAAAACUUCCGGUCAGCCUGUUACGAUUAAGCGAUUUCCCGAUUCAAGCCCAGAUGGGGGUGAAAAAAGGGAAAGAGUUUGAAAGUAUUGGAAGAAUGAUAGAAUGGGAUAGGAAAUAGGAUACCACGAAUAAAAUUUCUAUGAUCGAUUUAACCAGAAUGCAAAUCAUCGGAUCUGUAUUAGAUUAGAUCCAAUCGCUUCUAUAUCGGAGUAAUUUAGAUUUUUUUUUUUUUAACUGAAAUCCUGAUUCCAUUUGGCUGGGUGGAGCACGAUCGAAACUCGUUCUCGAGAAUGGAAGUAACCACCAUUAACAAUUAAGAAGACGCACUCCAACCCGGCCGACGUAUCUGACUGGGUACCAAGAAAUCGGGGGCUAAUUAAAAAGGACAAUCGAGCGAAUACAACUCAAGGCGACGUGUACUCUUUUAUCUUCUCGCGCAUCUCUCUUACCCUCUCUUGCUUCCUCUUUCCGUACAUCCUUUACAUCUUUCUCUUUAUCCGCUCAAUUCCUCGUCUUCCUUUUCCCUGCGACUCGUUCCUACCGCGCUCUGUUUCGAGAUCGAUCCAGCGAUAGCGGUUAAUCGCGGUAAUCUUCACAGAGGAGAGGAAUCACGAAAAACUUUGCCGCUCGUCCAAUCGUAUCGCGGUGAACGCGGAAACAUGCGCGCAUUUCAAAAUGAUAAAACGAAAAUGAUCUGAAUCUGAAAGUUGUUCGAGCGAUAUAGAUUUCUUAGAAUCGAUGCUCUCGAGAUUAGAUCUUGCGCCACGUGGUUCGAAUCGCCUUCGGAAAAUGAAAGGAUUUGAUGUAAAUUUUCAUUGUCUCUUGUUCCAUUUGCGUAAUGAUUGGCUGUGGACAGUGUCAAUUUGAAACAGCGAUUUUUCGCGAAGCGAGAAUCCGUCUUUUUUUUUUUUUUUUUUUUCUCGAAAUGUUAGUUACAGAAAAUAAUACCUUUAUUUUAAUACGAAAUAAUACGUAGGUUACAAUGUAUAGUAUAUAUAUAUCAAUCACGAUAUCUAUAUCACACGCGAGAAAUUAAUUAAUAUGCAUCGAAAGAUACAGAUACACGUUUGACAUUUUGCACAAGUGUGAUUGUAAUUAGCUGCGUAGGAUGGGAGUGGAAACUACUGUGCAUGAUUACCAUAAAAUUCUAUAAAUACACACGAUUUCCACGUGUUGCGAUUUAUAAUAAUAUUUUCUAACCUUCUUUUUUAAUUUUUCACGAAUCCCACGCUACAAUGCUGUUGCCCAAUGUUGCAACGCAUGCAACACCAUGCAGCUGAAAGAUUUACACUUCUUGAGAAAAUCUAAUUCUCACGAUUGAUUUAAUUGGUGUUAAUUAGACUACUUUUUCGUGGGUGAUAUUUUGAAAUGGAAAUCGGAUUCCUAGAAGAGAAGACUCGGAGAAUUGCGAAUCAGAGAAAUUAUAAACGGGCGAAAGAAUAUAGUUUUCAACUGUAUUUAUCAUGGACAGCGUAUACGAGAGGAAUUUAAAUUGCCUACUCUUCACCUCGUUGAAAUCGGUCUAUUCGAACGAUCCUCGAUGAACGGUUCGCGAUACAUCUCAAUAAAUUAUCCGCGUGAAAGAAAUCCUUGUGCUCCCUGUAAAUCUUUUUACUGCGAACACUUGAUCGUUCGCGCAGUAAGAAGUAGCUGCGGAGCCGACUGCCGGCGACCUCGUUCAACUGUAACGAAGUGUCAUUCCGAUAACCCAAGCCAGCUUUUACUGUCAUUCGACGGAUGACGAUAAAGAAAUGUGCAACCAGCGGGGGCUCUGCUUAACGUUGCAUGGACAGGAAACCAAGCGGGGAAUUAAACUCUCGUCUCCAAUAACUUCGAUUAAGAUGUUCGAACACGACCCUAAAUUCUGAAUCGUUCGCGGGCACGAAACAAUUUUUAUCCCAUUUAUCUCCACCUGGCUUAUUUCGAUCGUUGUAUCUUGAAGGGAAUAAAGAUGAACGAAUUGAAUUAA